AUGGCAGUGGCACAGCUGUUGCUCUUGGCUGCUCUGCUGCUCUGUCCCUCCUCAGCCGUUCCUGCCUGUCCAGAGUCCUGCUCCUGUCAGAGUCCUGAUCAGCUGAACUGCUCCUCCUCAGACCUUACUCUUGUGCCAAAACCUAUCCCAGACUCUGUCGCCGAGCUUGACCUGUCUGAUAAUCACCUUGACUCUGUAACACUCGACAGACCACAUUAUAACCUGAGGAACAUUUGGCUGGGAAACAACAGUAUCACACACCUGACUCUCUGCAUAGAGAGGGGCCUGGGAAGCCAAGAUGUCACAAGUAGACGCCUUCUUCAACAGAGACCUUGGCAAAGAAGAGGGUGCGUAUCCUGGGCCCCCGCCUUGCAGCUGCUAUCUGUUGAGAGGAAUCAGCUUGACCAACUCCCAGAGGGUGAGUCAGUAUGAUAUGGUCAUACACCCAUUCAUAAAUGACUGCUGCAGCACAUGAACAGAGCAAUAAACAUUCCUUAGAGUGAUCUCAGUACAGAACCAGUGUGGGAAUGUAUUUAAACAUAGCAAACAAAUACUGUCAGACUCUCUAUAUGAUUUAUAUAUUCAGUGCUGAACAGUUCUCGAACUCUUAAUUGCCUUUUUCUUUUUUUUUUUUUGUUGGAAAUCUAUUAGAGUUGGACUUGUAAAAUAUUCAUCCCAUUUACUCCUGGAUAAAAGUGGCCUAAACACACACAAAAAAUACUUCUGUACAUGCUGUAUAUGUUAAACCCUCACCUUUCAAUUUUCUUUGGCUAAAUUAAUAUUUGCAAAAAGUAAGGAAUUAAAAAAAAAGAGAUAAAAAAACAGGGUAGUUGUGUCUCUGGUUCAGUGAUUCCGUGUGGUGAAAGAUGGCUUACCAUAUAUUUUACAUGUAAACAAGUAAAUUACACAAAUAUGACAAUAGAAACUGGAAUGUUUGCGAUAUCUGUAUGUUUGCUGGUCUACACUGAAAUUCUCCCAUGCUCACCCCUCCCACCUUUAAACUAGCGAUGGCCUUCUAUUACAAGAUAUUUAUGAGACGCAUUUUAACCAUGAUAAACAUCCCUCAAUACAAACUCUGCACACAACCACUCUCUUUAUUUUGUCUUCCAAUCGACGCAACAACAAUGCUUUUAUUACUAGUUUUGCCAUUAUGUGCUGUUACAGAAACAUGGCAGUGAAUGAUUUGGCUUUUGUAGAAGGGGACCUGUUCCUGUAGAGAUUUAAAAGUCUCAUUUUAAGUAAGCGGAAAUAAAACAUCUUCUGUAUGCAGGUGACUAUACAAAUGUUUUAAACACACUUAGGAGUAUGUUAUUCCAUUUCUGCCAAGUCUAUUUACCUAACUGCCUGUAAAUACACACUGUACCUUAAAAAUAAUAGUAAAGAUGCAUUACUUUUCCUGAUCAGUCAUAACACAUGGCACUGUUAAGUCUAAAACCUAAACAUUACCUGUAGCCUUUACUAUUCAUAGGAUUUCCACACACUUUGAAGCUGUAUUUAGAAUCUUUUAAGCACUGUCCACAGAAAUACUAUGUUAAAAGAUGCAGGAUUUAAUAGUCCCUAGCAUUAUAGUCACAAAAUGUUAAAUAUUUGUCUAAAAUGUUGAGGACUGGAACACACUUUUCAGAACAGAAAUGAAAUCAAUUUAGUGUAUAAAUUAUUACACAAUAUCUAUAAUGAACUACAGAACACACCCAAGAUGCUGUGGGGACACACAAGCAUAUAAAUGUGCAAUGUUUGGGUGUGGACCCAUAAUAUGUUUAGUAUCUCUAAAGUUCAAAAGCAGGCAGAAACUAUUCUUACAAUUGUUUUUGAUGCCUUUAUCUCAAGAUCUCAUGCUCAUUAUUUUCUUAUCUUCAUCUAUCUAAUCAUGUUGCCCUUACCUUUUGUGCUCUCUUGUUUUUUUUCUCUUUUAUUUGUUUUUUUCUGAAUACUGAAAUGAAAUUACACCACCAAUGCCACUUUCUCUUUGGAUCUGAUUAUGUUAAACUAGAAAUCCAGUCAUUGUUGAAUUUAUGGUAGGUCACUAUAGAGGAAAACAGAAAGCAAAUCUUGUUUUCUGCUGUAAUCGAUCGCAUUAUCUUGAAAAAGCAGAUAGCUCUAGAUAAAAAGAUCUUUUAUUAUGAGAGAUAUUGUAGAUCUGGACAGUGAGUACCCUGCUUAAGUGUUCACACAAUAGUUUUAGUUUCAAGAUUGUGGUCUUGGUUGCAUGUGGGAUUUUGUGAUGAACAGUAGUGUAGCUUUAGGUGAACGUACACUGUGAUGCAUUGAUAAAUGAUAGGCAGUCCUUAAUCUGUCAUUUACAGAUGAAAAGUGAGUUGUGUGUCUCCAACACUUUUUCAUGUAUAAUCAGCUUUUAACUUGUGAUCCACUUGUUGUCCACCUGUUUACUAAACAUGCAUACUUCGAGAAAGUUUAGACUUGUGUCAUUAUAGUGCCCCCCAGUGGACAAAGUGUAUAGUAAGUGUUUUCUGAUAUAAAUAAAUAGUAAUUUUAAUAGUAAUAAUAAUGAAAAUUAUGACUUUUUGACAGUUUAAUUUUAUUAUUAUUGUUACUUUUUAUACAGGAUACAUUUAAAAAAAAAAAAAAAAAACUGCAGUGGUUUCGGGCAUUGAGAAUUACUAUGUAGUAACAGUCAAUCAUGUUGCAGAUGGUUCCAUUUCUUUUGGAGGUCGUAAAGAGGCAUUGCUUUUUCAGACAUCUGUUUCUAAACUCUCCCAAACUCCUCGCAGUGACUCACAUUCAUUCCCUGAUGCACUUAUCAUCUCAUUUUUAUGUGCUAGUGAUUAAAGAUUAUGCAUCUGAUGGUGCGGUUGAACCCUCUUCUGAGAACACACCUUAAAUUGCCCUCUUGAGAAUAAUUGGAGUUAAACCUUAUAAAUAGGUUUGGCUUGCAGAGCUGUUGUCGACCAAAUUCUGCCUGAAAGGUGUCCUAAGUUCUGCUGUUAUGUCCAAUAGAUCCAUUUGCUUUUUCUUUUUUACCGUCCUUUUUUCAUUCUCAGAAAGAACCAAACCCUCUCAUUGAUAUCCGUUAUCUUUAGUACUUUGCUCCACUUAGAAAUUAUUAAACCUCCAGAGAUAGUGACACUGUACACCCUAAGGCUCGUCACAGCUUUUAUUGACAUUCCAGUGACUCAAGGAAAGGUGUAAACAUGCAGUUAAACUUUAAAGAUUUCCUCUAGCUUCAUAUUUUUCGUGGAAUUCCUUCUGCCUUGUUGAAUAUUUGUGUGCUACAAAGAAAAGCUUUUACCGUGGUUCCUUUUAAAGGCAUGUGUGGACAGCCCACUUACUUAGCGAGAGCUGUGUUGACAGUCAUAGACUUCUCUCCUGUUUGGUAUUCAGCUCACAGAAGCCUCAGUGCUUCCCUAAUGAAGCACAGACCCACAGUGCCUCACUUCAGCCCAGCAGUCUCAGGAAGAUUGUCUCGGACUAGUGAAAAGGAGGAGACAGCAGGGGAGACCGAGAACCACAGACAAAUUCUUAGCCCCUAAUUAGUUGUAUUGGAAGAGCAUUCACGGUGAAAAUGAGAAGGAAGAGUUUGGAUUCAUACGCCAGGGGAGGGUGUUUAUUGAUGUGGAUAUUUUACACUAUUCACUGUCCAAAGUCCAGCGAAAGAGAUAGAGGGAGAGAGGCCUGUAGUCUGCAUAUUUCUCAGGAUUGAAAGCUCUGCAGUGCUGCAAACAACUGCCCUCAUAGCUCAAUGUCAACAUGUUUUCACCUUACAAAUUAUAGUGCAGACAGUGCCGCAGAUAAACCUCCGUCAUCCUUAUUCACUCCUGAAAUUGUUUUAGGAUUGUGCAGGUUGGACGUAUAUGUAAAAGCAAAUGGUCAAAAAAUUCCCCCUGACUAUAGGCUGUUUUUUCUUGCCAGUCCCAAAAUAAAAGUCUGAGGAAAUCCAGCAGUAAACACUGGAUUUAUACUUCUGAAUCCAAUCUAAGCUGUAGCAAACAUGGUAGGUACACAAUGGCUACUUAUGCCGAACCCCUCAUACAUAGAUAGCCUGCACUCCGUGCAUUUUUUUCCCAAAGUUAUAUUUUGGGGCGUUUUUGCCUUUAAAGAUAGUGGAGAAAGACAAGAAAUAAGGGGGAGAAAGGGGACAACAUACAGCAAAUGGUCAGGACUCAAAACUGCAACAGCUGCAGGGUCUGUGGUCUCCACGCUAAUACGCUAGGCUAUCUGCACACCCCUGUGCAUAGUUGUUUUAAACUUAUUUGUGCUAGUUUUACCAAGCCAAGUUUUUCCUUGACAUUGUUAAACCAUAUUAAAACUAAACUUGGUAAAAAUAAUUUUAAAAAAAAAGUAAAAUAAGUUUUUUUUUUCCUCAGUUGACUAGUUGAACAGCAAGAGCCUGAAAAUUUCAUGUCCUGAAGGUCCUUAAAAGCCAGGAGAUCAUGUAUGAGAGAGGAUACACAGCACAUAUCCAGUCCCCUUUUAAAGCUGCCACUGAGUGCCAAUAACAGCUCUUGUUUUCUGUCAUCCAGGGCUGGCGGGAUGUCGAUCCUUGCAGGUUCUGCAGCUUUCAUUUAACAGAAUUUCAACCAUUCGAUCACAACAACUCAGCCAUCUUCAACAGCUAAAAGAGCUUCACCUACGACAUAACCUCAUCACGAGUCUACAUCCACAAACAUUCAAGGAUUUAACCCAGCUCAAGGUAACAGUUAAAUCUUAAAUCAUACAUCGACACAAAUACCUCAGAAGUAAGUCAAUGAUGUCGGACAUUAUUCAUAUUCAGUUUCUAAUCAAUAGUCCAAAUCAAUGGACCAAAUUAUCAAUGCAACUGCUAGUCUGAUUUUGCACUCACAAGAUCAAACGUUAACUGGCGACUAGUCUGUAUACAGACUCAGUCAGGGUCUGAGCACUAAAGACGCAUAAUUGUGGAAAAAUAGGAACAAGGUUACAAGCAUUGGGUAAAAUUGAAAGGGGGCAUUGCGCCACCUACUUCAGCGGUGGCGGGUCUGAAUGCUUCUGGCAAUAAUUCAAUUUUACCCAAUGCUUGUAAACUGGGACAAGAACAGUGGUCUACCUCAAUGCCUAACUGGGCUCGACUUAGCUGUGCAUCUAAAUGUAUUGACUGAUUUCACUGGAUACUUCUAAAAACUCCUGCUUGUCCAUUUUGUUUCCCCCCUACAGGUGCUGGACCUGAGCUUUAAUAUGCUGACCAGCCUCCAUCCAUUGACGUACCUGUCUUUGCACAAUAUUGGGACAGAUGUUUGGUUUGCUGGGAACAGACUAGAUCACCACCAAAAUGUGACAGUCUUUAGUGGGUCUGAGAUAUGGCUUUCCUGCUCUACACAAGGUAACAGUCAAAAACAGUACAAAAUAAUCUAAAACACACUGAACACAUUAUAUUCAAGUCUAAAAGCAUAUCAUUGAUUUGUUUUCAUAUGCUCAUUAGGGUUGACGCCAAGUGGUCAAGCAUCUGUAAGCCAACCUGGGUCUGGUCUUCUAACCAAGGACAUCAAAGAGACAGAUACUGGACUGUAUGUGUGUGUGUCCGGAGAGCAAGAAGUUGCAUCUGUUUUCAACCUCCAAAUCAGUAAAGUUGGAAGUACACACAGAAAAGCUCGAAGUUUACCCGAAAACAGCCAUCAGAUUAUCUCACAUGGCAGAGUAGAGCAAGAGAGGAAUACACGCACUACUCAGUCUGACUUGGCUCUUGCUGUAUGUCUGUCUAUUUUGUUCACAUUUCUAGUUGCUUUUGUCCUUGGAGUCCUGGCAAGACCUUGUGUAGAUCGUCUUUGGAAAAGGGUUUCCAAAAAGAAAAGCUCUACAGUGACAAACACAGUCUCAACUGUAGAACAAAGUCAAUAUGACAAUGGGGCCUACUGCAAUGUAGAGGAGCUAGGGGUGAUUGGAAAUCACAGGGAAAGGAGAGUCACAUUUAGCACUGUCGACUACAGAGAAGACACCAAUGUACAAUAUUAUGACACUGUAGCCAGUGGGGAUCAGGAAAGCAUAAAUAAUGACUCUGUGUUUGAAUGUGAAGCAGCUGUGGCUGGGAGGGAAAGAGUCAGAGAUUCAGGGAGUGAAGGACGAAGCAGUCCAGAAGAUAACCAGAGAGAUGGCAGAGCUCUGUCAACUGCCACUGUUGUGGAAAUCACUGAAAAGAGGAGACACUCAUCUUCAUCAUCAGAUUCUUCAUUAUCAGACAAAGAAAAUAAUGAGAAACAAGUGGCCAAGCAAGACAUAACAAGAUCCAAGUCUCCCCAGCUCGCUGAGGAAUCUAUCCAGCAGAGAGCGAGCAUAUCAACAGUGCCCCACACCUCCAUCGAGAGCACGGAUGUAAGUCUUGGAUUUUCUUCUGAGCCUUUUGCAGGUUGGUCCCCACAUGCAGAUCAGUGGCAGGAAAACGAGGAACAAUUUGAGUUUAGUGAUUCCAUUCGAAGCAACUCUCCAAGGUCCAGCAGUGUGCUUGGUGCUUUUGAUCAUCCCCAACUAACACAUAAACAAAAGAGGGGUGAUACAUCAAGCUCCAGUUCAUGUUUAAGUGAAAACGAGAUAACACAUUACACUGUAAACUCAGAGAAAGACGAGGAGGAGGAUGCGAGCAGGCUCUCACUGGGAUUUAAUCACAGUGAAACAGGCACUAAAAAAGCUCACUCUUCUUCAUGUACUUCCAGUGACAGUGAUGAGGAGGGUCACAAAGUAACACAAGCAAUAGGUAUUGGAGUGGUGAAGGUGGAGUCAGACAAGCUAAGCAGCAGUGUGGUUACAGCAGAGUUGGAUAACAAAGAGAAAGUAAAACCUGUGCCACCCAGAAGGACGAAUGUACCCAGUUCGACUGUUGACAUUCAGGGCAAGAGAGUUAAACCUCGAGCACCUCCACCACCAACACAUCAUUCAUCCUCCUCAAGCAGUGAGAGUGAGGCAGAAGACAAGUACCUCCAUGUGGAAAAUAAGCAAGGGCAGACCGAGAUGUCAGAGGUUCAGUUACAGAAAAUUCAGACAUCAAGUAAUGUCGUGGGAACCCAGAGGCCAUCUGAGGGAGAUCAGUGGCCUGUCCUGAAUCUUGAUCAAACUACACGGCUCAAAAGGCGUCUGGAUAUCAAAGCUAAAACCCCCACCUCCAGUUCAUCUUCUAGCAGUGACAGCGAUGAUAAAACAAGUGUAUCAGUAAAAGAAAAGCCAGGAAGAUUGCACAUUACCAAUCAAUCUCAGACAAUACCCACACCUUGCUCUGACUCAUCUUCUAGCAGUGACAGUGAGGAUGAAGCCAUAAAGAAAGAGGUGCAAGGGCAGAUGCAGGUGGCAAGACCUCAUGAACCAGAACCACAGUGGCCUUCCCUUGACCUUGAGAAAACAACAAAAAUCAAGAGGCGCCUGGAUAUCAAAGCACAAUUACCAGCUUCUGGAUCAUCAUCAAGCAGUGAAAGUGAGGAUGAAACAAGGGUGUCAAUUAAGAGGCCAACUCUUGCAACUCAGACUGUUCCCCAAAUGCACCCUGAUUCAUCUUCAAGCAGUGACAGUGAGGAUUAUACUUUCACAGAACCAAUAAGGAAAGAGCAGGGCCAGCUGCACACAGUAAAACUUCCACAUCAAGAUUCCCAAACUGGAAGUAUUGACCAAGAAUCAGGUUGGCCUGUCCUUAAUCUUGGGAAAGGGAUGCGUAUCAAAAGGCGUCUAGAUAUCAAAGUAAAAGUACCUGCUUCUGAAUCAUCCUCAAGCAGUGACAGUGAUGAAGAAGUGAGAGUGUCCAUAAAGAGGCCGGGGAAAGUAGAAACUGCAAACCUUGGAAUUCAAGGAUCUGAAACAGUAUCUAAAUCUCACUAUGACUCCUCUUCCAGCAGUGACAGCGAAGAAGAAGCAAUAAAACCAAUGAAAAAACAGGACCUGGGCCAGUUGCACAUCACAGCACCUUCUCCUAAAGAGAGUAUUGAUCAAAAAUCAGAUUGGCCUGUCAUCAAUCUUGAGAAAACGCUACGUGUGAAAAGGCGCCUGGAUAUCAAACCACAAUUACCAGCUUCUGGAUCAUCAUCAAGCAGUGAAAGUGAGGAUGAAACAAGGGUGUCAAUUAAGAGGCCAACUCUUGCAACUCAGACUGUUCCCCAAAUGCACCCUGAUUCAUCUUCAAGCAGUGACAGUGAGGAUUAUACUUUCUCAGAACCAAUAAGGAAAGAGCAGGGCCAGCUGCAUACAGUAAAACUUCCACAUCAAGAUGCCCAAACUGGAAGUAUUGACCAAGAAUCAGGCUGGCCUGUCCUUAAUCUUGGGAAAAGGAUGCGUAUCAAAAGGCGUCUAGAUAUCAAAGUAAAAGUACCUGCUUCUGAAUCAUCCUCAUCAAGCAGUGACAGUGAUGAAGAAGUGAGAGUGUCCAUCAAGAGGCCAGGGAAAGUAGAAACUGCAAACCUUGGAAUUCAAGGAUCUGAAACAGUAUCUAAAUCUGAAUCUGACUCCUCUUCCAGCAGUGACAGCGAGGAAGAAGCCAUAAAACCAAUGAAAAAACAGGACCUGGGCCAGUUGCACAUCACAGCACCUUCUUUUAAAGAAAGUAUUGACCAAAAAUCAGGUUGGCCUGUGAUCAAUCUUGAGAAAACGCUACGCAUCAAAAGGCGCCUGGAUAUCAAAGCACAAUUACCAGCUUCUGGAUCAUCAUCAAGCAGUGAAAGUGAGGAUGAAACAAGGGUGUCAAUUAAGAGGCCAACUCUUGCAACUCAGACUGUUCCCCAAAUGCACCCUGAUUCAUCUUCAAGCAGUGACAGUGAGGAUUACACUUUCACAGAACCAAUAAGGAAAGAGCAGGGCCAGCUGCACACAGUGAAACUUCAGCAUCAAGAUUCCCAAACUGGAAGUAUUGACCAAGAAUCAGGUUGGCCUGUCCUUAAUCUUGGGAAAGGGAUGCGUAUCAAAAGGCGUCUAGAUAUCAAAGUUAAAGUACCUGCUUCUGAAUCAUCCUCAAGCAGUGACAGUGAUGAAGAAGUGAGAUUGUCCAUCAAGAGGCCGGGAAAAGUAGAAACUGCAAACCUUGGAAUUCAAGGAUCUGAAACAGUAUCUAAAUCUCAAUCUGACUCCUCUUCCAGCAGUGACAGCGAGGAUGAAGCCAUAAAACCAAUGAACAAACAGGAUCUGGGCCAGUUGCACAUGGGAAGGCCUCCACUGCAUAAAUCUCAGACUAGUGGUCAUGCUCCACCAACACAGUGGCCUCUACUUGACUUUGAGCAUACAACAAGCGUCAAAAGGCGUCUUGAUAUAAAGGUUCAAUCAAGGGCAUCUGACUCAUCAUCUAGCAGUGAAAGUGAGGAUGAAACGACAAACUCUUUGAAGAGGCCAAAGUCAGUGGACAUUAGCAAAGUUGUAAUUCAGAAGCCUCAAACAGUGCCCAAAUCUCAGUCCAAUUCAUCUUCAAGCAGUGACAAUGAGGAUGAGUCCAACAAACCAAUAAAGAAACAAGGACUAGGCCAGUUAAACAUAUCAAAAGUUACACAUGACAAAUAUCCAACCAAUGAUUAUCAAGACCAGGAAUCAGGAUGGCCUGUUCUCAACUUUGAGCAUUUACCACGUGUGAAAAGGCGUCUAGACAUCAAAACACAUUUUAAAGUUUCUGACUCAUCAAGCAGUGACAGUGAAGAUGACACAAGAAUAUCCAAAGUAAAGUCAGGAAGAUUGGAUAAAACCAACCUGUCAAUACAAAAAUCUCAGUUAGUACCUUUAGAUAACUCCAGUUCAUCCUCUAGUAGUGACAGUGAAGAAGAUGAAGACAAAAAAGUCUUGAAGAAACAGGAGCAAGAGAAAAUGCAUGUGACCGGACUUCCACUGGUAACAUCUCAAACUAAUGUACCACAGUCACAGUGGCCUCUGUUAGACUUGGAGCGUACAACAAGCAUCAAAAGACGUCUGGAUAUUAAGGUUCGAUCAGAGGUGUCUGACUCCUCAUCUGAUAGAGACAAUGAGGACAGAAUAGCUAGCUCCAUCAAGGGGCCUGGGAAAGUGUACCUUGAAAAUCAGAAGCCCCAGUCAGUACCCAUAUCUCACUCUGAUUCAUCUUCCAGCAGUGACAGUGAGGAUGAUUCCACAAUACCAAUGAAGAAACAGGAGCAAGGUCAGCUGCUUGUGACUAGACAUCCCCUGGACAAAUAUCCUCCCGUUGGUCAAGAGUCAGAUUGGCCUGUCAUAAAUCUAGAGAAUUUACCGCGCCCCAAAAGACAUCUAGAUAUCAAGAGACAAGUUAAAGCUUCUGAAUCAUCAACAAGCAGUGGUAGUGAGGAUGAAACAAGAAUAUCUGUAAAAAGGCCUGAUAGUUUAAACACAGCUAUUCUUAUCACACAGAAAUCUCAAACAGUACCCACACAUCAUUCAGACUCAUCUUCCAGCAGUGACAGUGACAAUGAAUCUCCAGAACCUAUAACGAAACAGGUCUUGGAGCAGAGGCAAUUUACAGGGACUUCAUUGGAAAAACCUCUAACAAGUGGUCAUGUCACGCAACCACAGUGGCCUCUUUUGGACUUUGAGCACACAACAAGUAUAAAGAGGCGUCUUGAUUUUAAGGUAAAAUCACAGACCUCUGGCUCAUUAUCAAGCGGUGACAGUGGAGAUGAUAAAAAUAACUCUUUAAAGGGCCCUAUUAAAGUGGACCAAGCAAUUCAUAAGCCUAAAACAGUGCCCGCACUUCACCCUGACUCAUCUUCCAGCAGUGACAGUGAUGAUGAUUCUAUUAAUCUAAGAAAGAAGCAGGAGAAGGUGAAUUUGAAAACAGAAAGACUUCCACUCAAAGAAUCUCAAACUGUAGGGCAAGGCCUGGAAUCUGAUUGGCCUGUUCUUAAUCUUGACCACAUACCACAAGUCAAAAGGCGUCUAGAUAUCAAGGCCAAAAAAGCAGCUUCUGAAUCAUCUUCAAGCAGUGACAGUGAGGACGAAACAACUAUAUCCAAGCAUGGGCCCGGGAGAUUGGAAAUAACCAACCUUGCAAAUCAGAAACCUCAAACUGUUCCGACACCUGCCUCAGACUCCUCUUCCAGCAGUGACAGUGAGGAUGAAGCCAUAAAACCCAUGAACAAACAGGAUCUGGGGCAGUUGCACAUGGGAAGGCCUUCACUGGAUAAAUCUCAGACUAGUGGUCAUGCUCCACCAACACAGUGGCCUCUACUUGACUUUGAGCAUACAACAAGCGUCAAAAGGCGUCUUGAUAUAAAGGUUCAAUCAAGGGCAUCUGACUCAUCAUCUAGCAGUGAAAGUGAAAAUGAAACGACAAACUCUUUGAAGAGGCCAAAGUCAGUGGACAUUAGUGAAGUUUUAAUUCAGAAGCCUCAAACAGUGCCUAAAUCUCAGUCCAAUUCAUCUUCAAGCAGUGACAGUGAGGAUGAGUCCAACAAACCAAUAAAGAAACAAGGACUAGGCCUGUUGCACACAGCGAAACCCCCUCUUAAAGACAGCAUUGACCACAAAUCAGGUUGGCCUGUCCUAAAACUUGAGAAAAGGUUCGGCGUCAAAAGGCGUCUUGAUAUCAAGGCACAAAUACCAGCUUCUGAAUCAUCCUCAAGCAGUGACAGUGAGGAUGAAAACACAAAUUCCAUAAAGAGGCCAGGGAAAGUGGGAAUUACCAAAUUAGCGACUCGGAUAACAACUGUACCCACACUUCACUCUGACUCAUCAUCCAGCAGCUACAGUGAGGAUGAAGCUACAAAAGCCACACAGAAGCAGGAGCAGGGGAAGUUUGACACAGCAAGACCUUCACAGUGGCCUCUGCUUGAUCUAGAGCACACAACAAGUAUCAAGAGGCGUCUAGAUUUCAAGCCACAACCACCUCUUAUAGACUUUUCAUCCAGCAGCGACAGUGAGGAAGAGGCAAGGAACGAGUUUAAGAAACAGGCAGAACAUCAGAUCCAAACAUUCCCUAAUUCAAGUUUAAAAUGGCAAAAAAUGGAUUCCAGCACUGGUGUGGACAUCAGGCCACAUUCACCCACACAUGAGUCAUCUUCAAGUAGUGAUGAAAGUACAGGGAAUUCAGGCAAUCAACCUGGUUCAGCACUGCCUGAUGUUGGUAUGAGUAUCUCCUACAAACCUCAUUUAAAUCUCAAAUCACCAUCUUAUCUGGAGGCUAAUCCAGUUUUAGGUCCUGUGACACCAGGCUCUCAAUUAUCUGAGUCAAGCUCUUCCACAAGUGAAAGUGAAGAUGAGAACAAGGACUACAGAAAACUACAACUGGGACCAACUGACCACAAGACCACAGAAAAGGAACACAUUCAAUCUCCAACAUCCCCAGUGAUACACAUUCCUCUCAGUCCAAAAACAGACCCCAAUAUUACAUUAGAGAAGUACAAAGUCAUUACCCAUGAGAGCAUCAGCACAACGCCAGAAAUAAGCCCAGAGCUUCAGUUACGGUGGGCCACAAUGAAUCUUGGGAUUUCUCGCUUCAGAAAGCGUCUUGAUGUCACACCCCGUGCUCAUGGACCACCUAAGGUACCCUCAUCACCUCUUCCUGAUACAUCUUCUUCCAGCAGUGAAAGUGAUAAUGAGGGUGAAAGUGGCAAAACAAAAAGACAGAAAGGGGGGAUUGAAAAGCAAAUAAUCAAAAAUACAGAAUUACUUACAAAAUCUGAAAUCCCACCUGUAACUGUUUCUCCUAGUUUGAAAGGUCGCAAUGACAGCUUUGGCACAGUGGAGUUAAAAGAGAGACAGGAAAGACAAAUACAAAGGGAUGCAUCCUCGAGCAGCAACAGUGAGAAUGAUACUACUGACCACCCUGUUCUCGACCUGAGUCGUGGUAUUCCACGGGUUAAAAAGCGUCUGAAUGUCAUUGCACCAUUACCAGAGCCAGGAAAUUCUUCAUCUUCCAGCAGCAGCAGUGAUACUGAGACAAAAGGACAUUCUGUAAAACAAAGCAGACCGGUAUUGACUACUCCUCAAUACAGAGAUACAGACACUCUGAUCACUUACAAGCGGUCCAUUUUCCAAACUACAUCACCAACAAGCAGCCCCCCCUCCUUCAAUGACCUAAGUUUCUAUGAUACAAAACAAAGAUACUCUGAAAUCACGCACCAAAGUCCACCUCAUGGUUCAAAAGACAGCAAACCAUCUAUUGCCACAAAGAAAUUUCCAAGCUUUGAUGAUAUGAUAAAAAAGAUGGUUGGCCAAUCCAAGCGCACAACAGAACUGCCGCCAGAGCUAAAGUGGACUGGCGUUGGUCGCCAGAUGCCUGACAUGCCCAACUUAAGCCCAGAGAGUCGUUUGGGUGUAGGGUAUUCACGUCCGCCUGCAGAGCCAGAACUCCCCCCGCCUGACUCAUCCAGCUCCUCCAGCAGUGAAAGUGAUGAUGAAAUAAAACAAGACAGAGUGAAUCCAGAUGUGACACUAACACAUGAAUACUCAUCACUUAGCGGUGUUACUGUUUCCUCUGCUUCUGCCAGAACCCUUACCACUGAUGACAACUCAUCCAUCAGAACAGAUGAGAUUUGGAAGGGUAUAUCUGAGGAGAAGAGGGAAAGAAAAGGCCUCAGCGCCCUAAAAGCCAUGUCUUCACUGAGACACCAGUGGGAUACAACAGAUGGGCAAUUUGACAACAGCACCUCUGUGUUUGAUGACUUUGGUCCAUCAGUCAAGACCAAUUUGAGCUAUUCAAGGUCUGAGGAACCCAUAAGGCCCUUGGCCACACAAUCACUCAGACAAGUACCGCUAUAUCUUUCCUCUGCCUCAGUUGAUGAAAGAAAAGCUACAGGUGUUUCAUAUGAGAUUCCCAGCUACAGAAGGCAUGACUUUGGUGAUAUGGUGCCACCACAAGAGACUCCACCUCCCAUUCCAACAACACCACCACCAUCAGAUGAGGCAUUGGGGCUUACAUGGAGGUCACGGCAAAACAGCUGGAAACAAAGGUCUGAAGGAACCAGAUACUAUGUGACACAGAGCGGAUACACAACAGGAACUAACUCUACAUCACUUACAUCUGAAAACCUGAAAGACUUAUUGGAUAGCUCAAAAAGUCCCAUAACUGAAGUCUGA